UGAGGAAAAGUAAAAGCUUGUUAGUUUACAAAUUACCGAGACAUUGAACAAUGAACAAACUUACGAACCACUUGAUUGUGUGGUAAAAAUUUAACGAGUGCGACAAUCAACGAGAAAUCCCUAUCUAUUUAUCAACGAAAAAAACAAAUUCAAUUGUGAAUUCAAUUUCUUUUUGUUUACACUCUUCACGAUCUAACAUGAAAUAACUGUGAAUCAACAAGAGAAACAUCAACAAAAGCAAUAGUUAAACAACAACCAGUCAAAUUAUUUGAUUACAAUUUAUAUUUUUGUUGAGCUUGAUUAUACAGACAUUUAUCACGUUUCCACUGUUAAACACAAUUCCCUUAUUAUUAUUAAGCAAUUAAGCAAAACAGUUCGUUGUUUAACAAUAACCCCUCAACAAGAGCAACAGCAAAAGAAACAACGCAAUAACACAUAAGAUGAACAAUAUAAUUAAUCAGCUAAUCAACCAACAGAUCUGCCAUUAAAAUAUUUUUCCUAUACCAAGCCAGACGAUUUGCCUCUCUAUUUACCCUUUGUCGUAUAAAAUCGAUGAUGAUUAACGGAAGAGGAAGAAGUUAAAUAGAUUGGGUUAAAGAGUUAAAACUGCAGCAACAAUUGUUAACCCAAAACGGGUAAAGAUUAUUUGAUGAAUGGUCAGUUAAUUGGUAAAAUUGGCCAUCUAGUCGUAACGGAUCACGAUGAAUCAUCAAAAAGUUAAAAAUCAACGAAAAAAAGGUUACAAUGCAUUUCGAUUUGAUCCCUAUCCGAAUGAUGAGCGAGUUGGUUUAAAAAAUCAGGCCAAAAGAAAAGUGAAUGCCACCAAUAACAACAGUAAUAGUUCCUCGAUUGGUCGUCUAGCGUCUUCCACCACUGGAAAAGGGAUAAAUCGAAAGCGUUUAUUAUCAUGCGAUAAUCUAAAUGAAAUUAAUCGACACAACAGUUUAUCUGUCAACAAUUUAAACACGUUAAAUCAGGCAACAUCAGCGUCAACCCUAACACUGACAGUGCACAAUAAUGUAAACAAUAACAAUAGUGAAGUAACAAACAAACGAGGAUUACCCUUGGAACCAUGUUGCCUUUGUUGUACACCAAGGACCAAAUUAACCAGAAACAAUUCAACAAGUAACUUACGACUCCAUCGUACCAAUAGAUGUAACAAUCAGAAAUUGGAUGAUUCCCGGAAGAAUCUGAAUUCAUUGAAAGAUGAUGAAGACUCGAUUCAAGUGGAACGCUAUUUACCCAGUCAAGAAAUUUACAAGAAACUGGUUAAAGAAAAUCUUCAGCUUCAAAAUUCAUUCAAAGUUCUGUGCCAACGAUUGGAAGAGGAAAGGGAAAGGUCAGUUACCGAAUCAAAGGAGAAACAAUCGCUUAAAGAUGAGAUUCACAAUCUUAUGGGAAAGGUUGAUUUAUUGGCAAUGGAAUUGCAGGAAGCUCGUGAUCAAAAUGAAUUAAUGGAAUUCCGAAUUCUUGAAUCAGAACAAUCUAAAGCAACACUUGGUGAAUCAAAUCUGGUUAAAUGUGAUAAAGCUAUUCAAUUGGAGCCUCUGAAAUGUGACCAAGGAAAUAAUAUCAUUACAACGAAUAAUAAUGAUAAUCUUGUAAAGAUAAAAAGCGAACCUUUAUCAUCUAAUGGAAAUUCAAACGAACUAUUUCAUUAUGAUUUAACUGGUAAACGAUCAAAUGCUAGUUUAGAUGGUCUGCCCACAAAAUCAAACAAAAGCUGCUCCAGUUUGGAAUCGUAUGCAUUGACGCUUUCACUGACCAGUGAAGAUGAAGGUUUAGGUGAUGAUGGGCGUCGUGAUCAAUUUUCUGGUCCUUCAAGCCUUUCAGAUUUACAACUGUCAGAUGAAGAAAGUUCCGCAAAUUCUGGACCAAAGGCUAAAUACUCUGAGAUUGGAAUUCAAGCAUCACAAGUUGAUUUAAUAACCACCAGCGUGCCGUGUCAAUAUUGUAAAGAAUCAAGUAAUUUGGAAGCAAAGUUUGCUCUGCUGGUGGAGGAAAGAGAUGCCCUCCAGGAACAAGUGUUAGAAUUGGAAGAGGCUGAGAAUGAUGCUCGAUUGGUUAGUCAGCGACUUCAACGGCAAGUUGAAAAUCUGGUAAAUCAGGUUGAUUGUUUGCAGAUUAGCUUGGUUAAAGCAAACCAGCAGAUUGACCAAUGUAAUGAUACCAUCAGAUCAUUAAGAGAAUGUGAGCUUAAGCUUAAAGUUGACUUCAUGAUGGCCUUAAUUGCUAAAUCAGAGGAUUCACCGAGCAAAUUGUUGGAUGAACUGAAAACUAAAUUGAGGGAAAAGAAAAAUGAAUUGGCUGCCAUGGGUCCAAUGGUUUUUUCAUCACUGAACACUUUUGACGAUAGAUCAUACGAUUCAAAUGGAUCAUCCAACCGCCAUAACUUUAAACAAGCAAUCUAUCAUCAACAGCAUCAACAGUAUCAACCUUCACAAGGAAACCAAUCAAGAAUCCAAUCAUUUAGCCAGCAAACUCAUCAACCUUGCUUACAGUUAUCUUUUAAUGACGGUCCCGAUGAUUGUGAGAUAUUUGUGCCUGAAGAUAGUUUACCGCCGGACCCUGGCUCUUCUUUUCAUGUUCAAAUGUUGAACUCGUCUCGAUUCAAUAAUCGCCGUCCAUCAAUCCCUCAAACAUCAUCAUCAUCAACAACUUCUCGACCUCCUUUACCGUUAUGCGAAUCAGUUAAACCGAAAAAGAUCGAUUUAUUACUUUCAUCUUCUCCCUCAUACUCAUCAAUUUCUCCUUCAUUAUCUGCAUCUUCAUCACCUUUAGUAUCACCAGCAUCUUCAUCAUCGUCUUCCAAUUUAUCGCCGCCAUCACCUUUAUCAUCAUCACCUUCUUCACCGCCUUUACUGUCGACAGCAAUGCUAACAUCAAUAUCAACACAAAAUCAAGUCAACCAGUCCAAUUAAUCUAAUUUUAAAUGUUAUUUCUUUAAGUUAAUACAAUUGACUUAAAAAACGGCAGACUUUUUUCAACGUCGAGAGCCUUUUCUCUUUUUAUUCACGAGAUUCAAUUCAAUUUAUGUUGAUUUUUGGAAUACAAGUCAACUUUAAAAUGAUGGGUUUAGAUCUAAAAACUUGACUUCAAAAAAACCUGAGUUUAGUUCUGUCUUUCUUAACCAUCGAAAGCUGAUUUACGAGACAGUUUGUUCCAUUGAAAAAGUCAAAUCAAUGGGUCAAUCAGCGAUUAAGAAAAUCUCGAGCCAAUAUUUUCACUUUUUAUGGUUUAAGUAAAAAGUUGUUCGACAAUGUUGAGCUCUGAUCAUGUUAACAAAAAAUUGUAAAUCCAAGCGAAAAUGGCCUUAAUAUAUCUCCUAUGCUUGACAAUUAUUAAUCUGCUCUUCAGAUUAAAUCAUUCAAAGACCUAUUUACUUCUUUAUAAAAAAAAUGUAAAUAAUUAUAAGUUUAUACUAAUUACUAUCAAUUUACUUAUCCUUUUUCCCAGUAAGAAACGAAAUCUCAUGUAGACUGAAAUAAUUGUUUUGUUUUGUGCUAAUUCUCUUUUCUUUGUAAUUAUACCUAAUAGAAAUUCAGUCAAUUUUAACACGUUUAUUCUUUAACUGAACUCUUUUUAACAUAAUUAUGCUAAUCUUUUGUAAAUAUUAAAGCUCUAUUAAAAAUA